AUGGCGCACGAGGGUGAUGUAGAGAGCCAAAGCAAUCCUCACGAGGAGACACCACUGCUAAACGGCGAGCCGUCAAGUCCGAGGGUCGAUGAUCCCGAGUCCGAGCCCGGGAGGGGUAGAUGGAGUUACUGGAGACUAUUUUGGGCCGUCCUCGCAGUUGUCGUCGCCAUUGUUUUUAUCAAGGGCUGGAUUGAUGCGGGCAGCGACGUUGAUCCACUUCGCACGAUAAUGAAUUACCAGUACCGCUUUGGGACCUCGUUUACGACUGCGACCCAGACCCUAUAUCACGCAGGAGGGCUCGGUCGCUACUAUCAGGGUCUCACAGCUGCACUUGUUCAAGGUCCCCUUGCAAGGUUUGGAGAUACCGCUGCAAAUGCCGGCAUCCUUGCCUUGCUACAGUCCAAUUCAUACUUGAGUCAAUUGCCCUCGCCCGCAAAAACAGUCUUUGCUUCUCUUUGUGCUGCCGGUUUCCGGAUGGUCCUCACUCCCAUUGAUACUCUAAAGACAACUCUCCAAGCACAAGGACCUAGUGGAAUCGACUUGCUGCGCCAGCGCUUCCAGAAAUACGGAAUUGCGACACUGUGGUGGGGAGCAUUUGCUACGGCGGGAGCAACUUUUGUCGGGCAUUAUCCGUGGUUUGCUACGUAUAAUCUCCUGAACGAAUCCAUCCAGGAGCCGCCCAAGUCGGAAUUAUUCCUGUGGUUGCUGCGUCUAGCUUUCAUCGGAUUUGUCGCAUCCCUUAUUUCCGACUCCGUGUCAAAUUCCUUGAGAGUCGUCAAGACAUAUCGUCAAGUCAACGACACCCAAGUCUCUUAUACCGAGGCGGUUAAGCUGGUGAUUCAAGAGGAUGGAGUCCUCGGACUUCUCGGACGAGGCCUCGCAACGCGAAUACUAUGCAACGGUCUACAGGGCGUCUUGUUUUCCAUUUUGUGGAAAAUCUUUCUCGAUAUCUGGGAAAAGACGACCAGCUCCUAA